AUGGGACGUGAAGGCGGUCUCUUCCGGUACGCCGAUGGUGUCGACAAGUUGUUGGUUUUGCUUGGAAUGGCAGGUAGCGUAGGAGAUGGGUUGAUGACACCGCUGACAAUGCUCGUUCUAAGCGACGUCAUCAACAAGUAUGGAGGUGCUGGUCUUAACGGUGCCUUCGAGAAAGCGACGGUGGAUGAGCACGCGCUGAGACUAUUCUAUGUCGCAAUUGGAGUUGGCGCAUCUGCUUUUAUCGAGGGAAUUUGUUGGACAAGGACCGCAGAAAGACAAACUUCUCGCAUCCGAGUCGAGUACCUGAAAUCAAUCCUAAGACAGGAAGUUGGUUUUUUUGACAGGCAAGAUGCUUCUUCUGCGACAUUUCGAGUAGUGUCGACCAUAUCUUCCGAUGCACAUUUGAUCCAAGAUGUCAUAGCCGAGAAAAUCCCAAACUGCCUGGUCAACCUCUCGGCUUUCGUUUUCACGUUUUUGGUCGCCUUGAAACUUUCAUGGCGACUAGCCCUUGCCGCUCUUCCAUUUUCUAUCAUGUUCGUGAUACCCGGUAUCGGAUUUGGGAAGCUACUAAUGAACCUGGGGAUGGAAAUCAAAGAGUCCUAUGCCAUCGCAGGCGGCAUCGCUGAACAAGCGAUCUCGUCCAUCCGGACUGUGUAUUCCUAUGCCGCGGAGCAUCAGACACUAGUUCGGUUCAGCCGCGCACUGCAGAGUACUCUGGAGCUUGGUAUAAAGCAAGGCUUUGUGAAGGGCUUGAUGUUAGGGAGCAUGGGAAUGAUUUUCGCUGCUUGGGCAUUCCAGGCUUGGGUUGGUAGCAUUCUUGUCACUGAGAGAGGAGAAGAAGGUGGCCCCGUUUUCGUCGCUGGAAUCUGCAUCAUCACAGGAGGAGUGUCAUUCAUGAACAUGCUCCCCAAUCUCUCUUCUAUUGCCGACGCCAUAGAUGCUGCAGGUCGAAUCUUCAAAAUGAUUGAUCAGGUUCCUCAUAUCGACUCCAAAGAGAAGAAGGGAAAAGCUAUAGCCAAUUUUAGAGGAGAAAUAGAAUUUAGAGGAGUCGACUUCAGCUACCCAUCGAGGCCGGAUAGUCUAGUCCUAGACGGGUUUCAUCUAAGAAUACGAGCUGGCAUGACGGUAGGUUUGGUUGGGGGCAGCGGUUCAGGCAAGUCCACUGUGAUCUCUUUGUUGGAGCGGUUCUAUGAUCCGAUCUGUGGAGACAUUCUGCUUGACGGAUACAACAUAAAGAAUCUGCAGCUCAUGUGGUUGAGGUCCCAGAUGGGUCUGGUUAAUCAAGAGCCUGUUCUCUUUGCUACAUCAAUCAAGGAAAAUAUCGUUUUCGGCAAAGAAGGGGCAUCAAUGGAAGCUAUCACAAAGGUGGCUAAGGCUGCAAAUGCUCAUGAUUUCAUUUCGAAAUUGCCGGAUGGAUAUGAUACUCAGGUACCACAGAACUCUUUGCAGUUGUCCGGUGGACAAAAGCAACGGAUUGCAAUCGCAAGAGCUCUCAUCAGAGACCCGAAAAUCCUUCUACUUGAUGAGGCCACAAGUGCAUUGGAUGCGCAAUCAGAAAGAAUAGUACAGGAAGCCCUGGACAAUGCCUUGGUCGGAAGGACGACGAUCAUAGUUGCUCAUCGCCUCUCAACAAUCCGUAGGGCUGAUCUGAUAGCAGUCAUUCAAUCGGGAAAGGUCGUAGAGUCGGGUUCUCAUGAUGAUCUGAUCAAUAUGAAUAAAGGUGGAGGGGGCAUCUACGGGAAGAUGGUGCAGCUACAAGAAGUGGCAACCGAAAACGAAGUGCCUCCUAGUCCAUUCUUUCAGACAGAGAAUGCAUAUCAUGGUACAACAACGACAUACCAAAGUCCCCGAACACCGAACCAGGCAAGGCUGAGCUGGCCAAAAAGCCCCACCUCCAUCUAUAGCUCGGUGUUUUCCAUCAGUGUGCCGCCCUCCUUCCAAAUGGAUUCAUGGGAUGAUUACAAUGGUAGCGACUCAGCAAAACAUCCUCAUCCUCGGUCUUCUCACUGGCAGUUGCUCAAGAUGAAUGCGCCGGAGUGGAGACAAGCAAUACUAGGAUGCUUAGCUGCUGGCUUCGGAGCAAUUCAGGCGGUUCAUGCUUAUUGUUUGGGAACCAUCGUCUCCGUUUACUUCUUGGGAGAUAAUGCCGCCAUCAAGUCCAAAACCAGGAUCUUUUGCUUCAUCUUCCUAGGCCUUGCGGUUCUCAGCCUAAUAGCCAACGUUGUUCAGCAUCACAACUUUGCUAUCGUGGGCGAGCGGUUGACUAAGAGGGUGCGGGAGCAGAUGCUAGAGAAAGUCCUCACUUUUGAGAUCGGUUGGUUUGAUCGAGAUGAGAACACGAGCGCAGCCAUAUGCGCACGGCUAGCAACUGAUGCGCACUUUGUACGUUCCCUCAUUGCUGACCGCGUGUCCUUAUUAGUGCUAGUCAUUGUCAGCGCCAUGGUGGCCUUUGUGCUCGGAUUGGUGAUCUCCUGGCGAGUCGCGAUUGUGAUGAUCGCUAUGCAGCCUCUUAUCAUAGUUUCCUUCUACUCGAGGAGGGUGUUGAUGAGAUUGUCCGAACGAGCUCGGAAAGUGCAGACCGAAGGAUGCCAGCUGGCCAGUGAAGCCACCGUGAACCACAGGACUAUCACUGCCUUUUCCGCUCAGCGUCGAAUCCUCCAUCUCUUCCAAGACACGCUCAAAGGUCCAAGAAGAGAAAGCAUCAGGCAAUCGUGGUUUUCGGGCAUUGGCUUGUUCAGUUGCCAAUUCCUGACGACUGCCGCCAUAGCUUUGACGUAUUGGUACGGCGGGAAGCUAAUGAUCCAAGGGUUGGUCACGUCGAAGCACCUUUUCCAAGUUUUCUUCAUAUUAAUGAGCAUCGGCCAUAAAAUUGCGGAUGCAGGAAGCAUGACUUCCGAUCUGGCCAAAGGCUGUGAUGCCGUCAGAUUGGUGUUUGCAAUCCUAGAUCGGGAAAGCGAGAUCGAGCCGCAAAACCCUGAAGGAAUCACAAUGAGAAGGCCGAUGAGAGGCCAUAUAGAAUUGAAGAACAUACGCUUCUCUUAUCCAGCUAGGCCGGAGCUGAUAAUUUUCAAGGGUCUAAGCCUCGAAAUCGAAGCCGGAAAGAGAAUGGCGCUAGUUGGGCAGAGCGGGUCGGGCAAAUCCACCAUCAUAGGAUUGAUCGAAAGAUUUUACGACCCUCUGAGCGGACAUGUACUAAUAGAUGGAGAGGACAUCAAGAGCUAUAAGCUGAGAGAGCUGAGGUCUCACAUGGCUCUAGUAAGUCAGGAACCCACUCUUUUCGCAGGAAGUAUUCACGAGAACAUUGUCUAUGGCAACGAGGAAGCCACUGAGGUUGAUGUCAAGAAGGCGGCUGCUCUUGCCAAUGCUCAUGAAUUCAUAAAUUCAAUGAAGGACGGGUACAACACAUACUGCGGGGCUAGAGGAGUGCAGCUAUCUGGAGGGCAGAAGCAGAGGAUCGCGCUUGCUCGAGCGAUACUGAAAAACCCAGCGAUCCUCCUGUUGGAUGAGGCAACAAGCGCCCUCGACAGCGUCUUGGAGAAUCUAGUCCAGGAAUCAUUGGAGAAGUUGAUGGUCGGCCGAACAUGUGUGGUUGUGGCUCACCGGCUGUCCACAAUACAGGGCUCGGAUUCGAUAGCCGUGAUCAAGGAUGGGAGGGUCGUGGAACGAGGCUCGCAUGGGGAUUUAAUUGCCACAGGGCGUCGAGGGGCUUAUUACUCUCUGAUAAAAGCACAGGGCAAUUACUCCACAUAG